AUGAAGCAAAUCAAGAUGAAUUACAGCCUUGGCCCUCCCUCCCAUCCUCUGACAUCUAAACGGGGAAUGAGUUUGGUUUGGUUCAAAAAUCGCCGGGCCAAAUGGAGAAAGCGGGAACGCAACCAGCAGGCCGAGCUGUGCAAGAAUGGCUUUGGGCCGCAGUUCAACGGGCUUAUGCAGCCCUACGACGACAUGUACCCGGGCUAUUCGUACAACAACUGGGCCGCCAAGGGCCUCACGUCGGCCUCCCUGUCCACCAAGAGCUUCCCUUUCUUCAACUCUAUGAACGUCAACCCCCUGUCAUCCCAGAGCAUGUUCUCCCCACCCAACUCCAUCUCGUCCAUGAGCAUGUCGUCCAGCAUGGUACCCUCAGCGGUGACCGGCGUCCCGGGCUCCAGCCUCAACAGCCUGAAUAACUUGAACAACCUGAGCAGCCCGUCGCUGAAUUCCGCGGUGCCCACGCCAGCCUGUCCUUACGCGCCGCCGACUCCUCCGUACGUUUAUAGGGACACGUGUAACUCGAGCCUGGCCAGCCUGAGACUGAAAGCAAAGCAGCACUCCAGCUUCGGCUAUGCCAGCGUGCAGAACCCGGCGUCCAACCUGAGUGCUUGCCAGUACGCCGUGGACCGGCCCGUGUGA